AUGGCCAAGACUCAGCCCACCCCGGUACCCUCAUACUCCCUGAAGCCGCUGGUUGCCGUGACAGAACACAACCUGUCUUUCAACAGACUUGUGGAAGAAAGCAAACUGAUCCCACGCAUUUUUGAAGCAAUUCUGGAACAUCAGGAGAACAUUCUGAGUAACAUCAUGCAAAGUGUGAUUGCAUUGCUCAACAAUCUGGUUGCCUGCAAAGAUUCAAAGAUGAAGCUCCUUUAUGAACAAGGACUGGUUGGUCAUGCCUGUCGCCUGUUCCCCAAAACUGCCACACAGUGCUUGGACGUGGACAACAAAAACAGCAAGGAGACAGCCGCCGCGCUGCGGUUUUCCCGGCUUGGUAUUUUGCACGGCAAGCUGACCUCCCUCUCCGCGGUAGUGCGGCUGGCGCUGCAGGCUCCGCAGUCCGGCUCAGGAGGGAGCGCUCCUGCCGCCGAAGACUUGCUGCUGCUCAGCAAGCCCCUGACAGACCUGGCCAGCCUGCUCAUCCCGCUGCUUCCUAACGGGGAUCCUGAAGGUUUUGAAGUUUUGAAGUUUGAAGAGUUUUUGUUUUUUUUUUAAAUAAAUACAUAAAAGUUUAAAGAUCUGGAUCUCAAAGGCACUUGACACAGGAAUGGUUCAGUGUGUGCCCCCCAGCAUCCCAAGGAGGGGGCAGGCAGCAAGUGGAAAGGGCACCUGGGGAGCCCCACUAAGGCCUCCAUCCGCCAGGGGGUUUGAGGUAGGGCCCACUGCUCCUGUUCCUCCAGCCUGGCUCAGAAUGGCCCCCUGGCUCUGGAGAAGAACGGGCAAGUACCUUGUUGACAUUCAGUUAUGUAUAGGUUUUGCUCAGUAUGAGCUUUCAAACACUUUUUAUAUCUGGGCAAAGUAACUGGCACGGCCCGUGAUCAGUAUAUAGCUGCAAAUUUGGCCGUAAGUUAGUCUGUUCCAAGUAGAUCAAGAGAUACACGACCAGAAUGUGGGAGACUGCGUGCUUGGCACUGUGCCCUGAAGAGGGGGAAAUGAGGCGGGCUGGUUGUCUCCAACGCCUCUCAGUGACUCUCAGAGUAAGCGCAGAGAUUCAAAGCUUCAGUUCAAAAUAUUACUGAUGGCCUUAAACAUUUCUUUCACUUUGGCAGCUGCAGCGUUGACAGAGUUAAAAAUCAGUUAACAUCAUGGCCUCUGUAAGUAUGUCAAGGGAAUGUGAUGGGAUUUAUUAGGAAGGAAUGAGUCCCUGUGAAAUUAGAUACAAAAACAUGUGUGUUCUCAGGUGAACGUGUUAACUGGAACAUGCACAUGCACAUGGCCCUUGGCUUUCCUUGUUAGGGGCAGAAGCUCAGCUGCCUUCAUGAGGCUGACAGUUUGCUGCUUAGUGUCUGGAUGAGGCGUUUUGGUUGUUGUCACUGCUUUCCAUACUGGCCACACUGGAGAAGAAUCCCGGCAAUGCUGAAUGUCUUUCUUGCAGUGAAAGGUGUUUCCCUUCUCUAAACCUGACCCAAUGAAGAGCCUUCUCUGUUUUCUACUCAUGAAGACGUGAUGAGAGCAAAGGAGACUAGACCAGGAGUGGGUGCUCUUUUCCUAUGCGUUUCUAGCUGCCCGGUAUUCUAUAUCCUCCUGUUAAGUCCAGUUAGUCUUCAGCAAUUUCUAAAAUAAAAUUUAGCUCAGUUUUUCUUACAGUCACCCCAGUGA